AUGAAUUUUAUAGAAACAAUUGCGUUGGAGAGUUAUUGGCCCUUAAUACGAAUUGUAAAAGAAUGGAAGGCGUCAGAAUUCGAUUGGGUAGACUUCAUGAUCGAGGGGCAAGAUAUUGGAAUGCCGGUCAAAUUUUUGGAUAUUCAACCUGAGGCUACUCCUGAGGACCAUUCAAUCAGCAUGACGUACAUCUUGAAUAUUGCUCCUGAUGAGUUUAAAAAAAACAUUUCUGAUCCUGGAGAUAUGUUGAGAAUAUCUUACACAGCUUAUUUAAUGGGAGCGUUCACAAGUUUGGGAAACACAUUAACAAAUGAUCAAAUAGAAGAAUUGGUUGAAUUUCAACGUAAAAUUUCCGAGGAAAGAUUGAUCUCCAAGAUCCUCCUCAGGAACAUCAAGCCCGCUACCAAAAUCCAGGACCUGGUCUUUCUGGUCCCUCCAUCUUUCUCCGACUUCUUGGAUCUCCUGGCAAACACACCCAAAAAUUUUCAAGCGAAUUACGCUGCGUGGAAGAUACUCCAGAACGCAGUUCCCUUCUUGGACAAGUCCUUCUUCCAGGCUGAGUCUAUAUACUGCUCGGAAAAGAAUUGCAAGGAUAGAACCCGUAAAAACGCGUGUCUUAAUCUAGUAGAAGAAUAUUUGAAGCCUGCUGUUAUUCUGGCGUAUGCUAAAGCUCACUUUACUUCAGAGGUUGAAUCACUGGUCGUUGAUAUAGCUGCCAGGAUCAAGGAUCAGUACAUCCAGGUGAUAAACCAGUCGGCUUGGGAGAAAAGCGACGCAGAUUUUGUAGAAUUCUACAAAGAUUUGGAGAUUAACACUACAAAUUUCUUGCAAACGAUGAUGAACUUGGAGAAAUUCGACGUCAAGCAUAGGUUCAACAACGCUACGAGUCUAGGACCAACGGAGCUGGUGGAUCCGCUCAGGAAUUUCUUCUUCAGGAACGUCAGAGGGACUAUUUACAUGCCAUUGUCCUCCCUUGCGGAACCUUCCUUCAACCCUCGUGAUCCAAUCUACAAGAACAUUGGAUCUAUGGGCGGGUUCAUUGCUUUCAUCUUGACCAAAAAUAUCGUUCAUCUUGGCAGGAACUUGGACGGCGGCAAGGAAAUUGAUAACCAAGUCAUUUCUUGUCUUCGGCGACAAUUGAUUCCUUUGCAAAACCCGGCAGCUAAUCAGUUGCUUACCGACAGUGGGUUACUGAGCAUGAUAAAGAAGAUGUUGACAAUAAGUGACAAUAAGCUCUUCUGGAUUAAUUCCAUGGAAGCUUUCUGCAGAAAAGAACCCACCGCUACUAAGGUUAUAGAGAAUAAAUACCAUGAUUUUGAGUACCAUAUUUUGAAAGCUUUGACAAGCGUACCUCAAUUUUGGGAAGACUUCAGUUCGAAUCCUUGUGACAAUUCCUACCGUUUUGUGUGCGGUUCCUCGAACAGACUUGCUCCGAAACUAGGUAUUAUCACCUUUACUAAUUUAAUUACCACUCGUAUAACGGAUUUGAUCGAGGAAGGAACCGUUUCCAAGGGGAUUAGACCCUUCCAGCUGAUUGAUGACGUCUACAAGACCUGCAAGAGUAAUGCAGCCAUUGGGGAACAAGUUGUCAAGAGCUUGUUCCACGUCUUUGAGCAACUGGGCGGUUGGCCGUUGCUGCAAGGUUCCCAGUGGCAGACGAAGGAUUACAUGUUGACAGACGUCACUCUUCGCAGCAAGUUGCUAGGAAUUUCCGUCAACCCGUUUCUGACUAUCGAACCGCUUAUCGAGCCUGAAAGCGGCCGUGUGGCGACGGAAUUUUUCGUAUCCGAAUUGACAGAAAAGUACCCUUCAGUAUUCUGGUCCAAGCUCCUCAAUUCGCUGUACCCUAUCAGCAAAGAGAAGCUUAACUUAUCCAACAUGACGUUCUUCGUCUCCUCGUUUCUGUCUACUGUAUUUGAGCUACUAGAUGAAACUGAUUCUCGCGUGCUGUACAAUUACGCCGGUUGGAAAGUCCUUCAACACGCAAUUCCUUAUCUGACCAAAGACUACCAAGAUCUGAGGCGUGAGUACUGCAAAACCCAGGAGUGUGGGGGUUCUCUGCGUGACAAAUGUCUUAAAGUCGUCCUAAAAUAUCUGCAACCUGCGGUUGAUUUGUUGUAUGCCAAGCGCUACUUCACCGAGGAAGCUGAUUCUCUUGUUAGUGCCAUGGUAGAAAAUAUCAAGCGACAAACCAAGGACCUGAUCAGCAAAUCCAGUUGGAUGGACCAGGACACCAAGAAGGAGCACAUUGAUGCGAUAGACAACAUACCGGUGAUAAUUGGCUAUGCAGAAAAGAACAGCACGGAUGAUGAGUUUGUCAAGUACUACGAAGAAUUGGAGAUCGACACCUCGAAUUUCUUCCAGACGCUCAUGAAUCUAGAAGCGUUUGAUAGUCCGCGAAGAUUUUACAGCACCAACGGCUUAGGCCCGAGAAAUUUUAUCAAUCCGUUGCUUGCUACUGCAGAUUUCUCAGCCGGCAAACUUUAUGUACCCAUGAACAUGCUUCGAGAACCGUUUUUCAGCGUUGACUACCCAAUGAGUGUAAACUACGGUUUCAGUGGUCGGGCAAUCGCCAAGGCAUUGGCGAGAGGUAUCCUUCAUCGGCGAGAGCCGAGAAGCCAAGCUAUGAAGGACAAAGUUGCGUGCUUCAGUAAACAGGUCGCGAAUUACACUUCCCAGCUUCCGUUCGAGACCAAUCUGCUUAUUGACGAAUACCUAGGUUUUAAGAUUUCUUACCAUGCAUACCAAUCAUGGUUGUCCUCCAUUUCUGGUGGCAGGGAGCCCAUGAUCCCGGAAUUGCCGUACUCUGACCGUCAGAUAUUCUGGAUGAGCUCACUGCAGAAGGAUUGUAAGCGACCCUGGAACAAAUACAAAACUAUUGAGGAUAAGUACUUUCCCUUUGAGUUCCGCAAGAUGAUAGAUCUUAGUAACGUUCCUGAGUUUUACGAUGAUUUCAACUGUCAAAGCCAGCCAUUCCUUGAGACACAUGGACCGUCAUGUACUCUUUUUUGA